AUGCAUGCCAGGCAGACAAACAUUGAUAUGCAGUACGGCUUCAUUAACACAUGUUUGAGGACGUUAGUGGUUGAGAAGUUUGGAGAAGAGACAUGGGAGCAGCUAAGGUUAUUGGCAGAAGUCCAAGACACCUUUAUGACCUACGAAAUUUACGAUGACAUCAUGACUAUUCGUCUGGUGCAGGAGGCUUGCAAAAUGCUGGAUGUUUCUUCCGAAAUGGUGUUGAAGUUGUUUGGAGAAUACUUCUUCAGCUUUUGUAAGAUGUCUGGCUAUGACACCAUGCUGCGCACCCUCGGGGGAAAUUUGGUUGAAUUCAUUGAAAAUCUUGAUGCCCUCCAUAGUUACCUGGCAUUAUCUUAUCAGGAGAUGAAUGCACCUUCUUUCCGCGUGGAGCGAACAAAUGAUGGCAGGACACUGCUCCACUAUUACUCAGACAGGAAAGGACUCCACCACAUAGUGCCUGGCAUAAUUGAAGCAGUGGCAAAGGAUUUCUUCGGCAGCAAAGUGACCAUGAGCAUCCUUGAGCAGCCGGAGGAGAAGGAGCGCACAGGAAAGAGGGAACAUGUCAUUUUCCUCAUGACACAAACAAGCGAAGAGACAAAAGCCGAAACUCAGGCUAAAGAAGAUGAUGGUCGAGAGAAGAGUGAGAUCGAAGAGAUGGUUAUGUCAGAGAGAAUCCUUCACUCUUUCUGCCCCAGCUACCCGAAGAGACUGUGGAUUGAUGAGAAAGCCUUCUGCAAUGCUUUCCCUUUUCAUAUUGUGUUUGACCAAGAUCUGAUUGUAAAACAGACUGGUGUGAACAUACAGAAGUUCGUGCCAGGGCUGCAACAGCCAGGGAUCCGCCUGGAUGAAUACUUCAGCGUGGUCCAUCCUGCAGUAACACUCAACAUCUACAGCAUCAAAAAGUUCAUCAACAGCCAGUUUGUACUGAAGACUAAAAGGGAGAUGCUUCCGGAAAGCUUCCAAAACCAGUCUAUGCUCAAAUUACGAGGUCAGAUGGUAUGGAUGGAGUCGCUGCACUGUAUGGUAUAUCUCUGCUCUCCUAAACUGCGUAGCCUGCAGGAACUGGAGGAGCGCGGCCUGCACUUGGCCGACAUCGCUCAGCACGACACCACGCGUGACCUCAUCCUGCUCAACCAGCAGCGGCUGGCCGAGAUCGAGCUCUCCAACCAGCUCGAGCGUAAGAAGGAGGAGCUGCGCAUUCUCUCUCGCCACCUGGAAAUCGAGAAGAAGAAGACAGAGACACUGCUGUAUGCCAUGCUGCCACGUCAUGUCGCUAACCAGCUCAAAGAGGGCAAGAGGGUGGAGGCAGGUGACUUCAAGGUGUGCACUAUUCUCUUCAGUGAUGUGGUCACCUUCACAAACAUCUGUGCAGCUUGUGAGCCCAUCCAGAUUGUCAACAUGCUUAACGCCAUGUACUCCAGGUUCGACCGCCUCACGAAUGUCCACGAUGUCUACAAGGUAGAGACGAUUGGCGAUGCUUAUAUGGUGGUCGGUGGUGUGCCCAUUCCCAAGGACACACACGCUGAGCGUGUGGCAAACUUUGCCUUGGGCAUGAGGAUUGCUGCCAGGGAGGUGAAGAACCCUAUCACAGGACAGCCAAUACAGAUCAGAGUAGGUCUACACACUGGGCCUGUGCUGGCUGGUGUAGUAGGUGAAAAAAUGCCCCGCUACUGUUUGUUUGGAGACACAGUCAAUACAGCAUCACGAAUGGAGAGUCACGGCGUCCCUGACCAUAUACACCUGAGUCCUUUCACCUACAGUGUUCUGAAGGAUAAGCACUUUGAGAUCCGUGAAAGAGGUGAGAUCCAGGUCAAGGGCAAGGGUCUGAUGACCACCUACUUCCUGCUCCAGAACCUCGAGCUGUCCGAGGAGCAGAUCAUGGGCAAAGGGGAAGAAGCCUCUUGUUUGUACAGAGAUGACCAUAAGGAGGUGACACAAGCCACAGACGAUAAAGUCAGAGAAGUAGAAGAAGAGAUGAAACCCACCAAAGAGCAAAGCCGCAGGUCCUCUCCCUCUCUUUCUUCUGGUGACCUUUCACCGCUUCCUGUCACGGAUGACCCUUCACCCUGUUCCCCUGCUGCUGACUCUCCUCACCAUGAUGUACUUCAUUACGUGCCUGAUUACUCAGAACCCAUAGAGAAUGGCUUUCCUUCGGAAAAUGUCAACAUCAACUCCCGUCUCUGCACACUCCUUUAAAUCACACAGUACACACAACCUCUACAUGUAUGUUAGUAUACAGUAUAUAUAGCAGAUACAAAUCCCAUCAACUAUUUUAUUCAAUUUUUUUAACUUACUAGUAUGAAAUUGUUCAAAUAAUACACACCCAGAUAGGGUGAUAGUACAGAUUAUUAUGCUUUGGUGGGUACGAGGGAUGCACAGACCUGAUCAGUGUAGAUAUUUGCCUGAAAUCUUGAUUGACGAAGAAGCUUGCAGAGAGUUUGCAGGUUACUAAGGUAACCUGGUACCAAGAAUCAGCCAGUACUUCAACCUUUGACAUUGAUAUUGUAUCAAAAAGCGAGAUCAGUGCACCUCUGUCGCGUACAUGUUUGUGUAAAUCAUUUCUAUUUAUUGUUCUGUUUAAUGCAGCUUGUUUAUUACAGUAGGUCCUCCUGGUAUUAACAGGCAUCGGUUAUGUUUCAUGAACUAAAUUGUAAAGAAUUUCUGUAAUUUUUCUACAAUCAAAUAACAUGUUCAAACCAGGUAUAAUACUAUAAAUGUUCUGCAGUUCAAUAAAGCAGCCUGUGUGGUGUUGUGCAUUGAAGAAACGUACUGUAUUGCUACUGUAACACUGCUGUAACUAUAUACAGUAUCAUUAACUUUCCUGUAAAACCAGGCUCCAAAGACAAUGAAAGACUUUUUAUUCAUUUUUCAUUCUUCCAGUCUUUUUUUUUUUUUUUUAUGUUGAUCAAACAUACUAUCAACAAACCAGGGUGAAUGCAACAAGUGCUUUCAAUAGGCCUAUUUUGAUAGCUUUAUAAGUGCAAAGAAGAUGAAAUAAUCACGACUAUAUAACAGAAAUGAAGCAUUUGCAUUUGUACAUAGUGAGAAAAAUGACUUUUUUAUAUACCAAUGGCAGUCUCAUUAACAAAGUCACUACAAGCUAGUUAUGUUACAUUAUUAAUGGUGAUUUAUUUAUUAAAAUAGACAAAUUACCUACAUGCUAUGCUAAUUUUCUGCAACCAUGGCAAAUAAGUUUGUUAGCAAAGAUUCUUGGGGAUUUUGCUGUCUUGCUUCAGCAUCCGCUGCUCCACUCGUACCUCCCACUGAAUAUGAAAGCAGUUGUUGGGUUUCGUGUGAAAAAAAAAAAAAAAGACCCCUGAUGCCUACAAAAUCCUGGUACAUUAGUCAAAGCACCGGGAAAACUUUCCCCAGGGCUGCUAUCUGAGAAGGCUUGCUAUACAAAAUCUAGCUAGCUAAUGUUUGAUAGCUAGGUGAUUAAAUAGUGCGAUAAAUACCAUAUAAAAAAAUAUUGGCACCACACCCAACAUAGCCAAUAUUGAACACGCCCAAAGCCAAACAAAUCCCAAUUUUAACGUAAUAUUGUCCUAUUUUUGACUAAAAUCUAAAUUUUUAUACUUAGUUAAGUCAUUUGAUGCCACGAAUACAAGCAAAUACAAUCAUAUCAACGUUAUGUACCUGCUGGGAUAACUAUUAAAGUGCAGUGGUGAUUUUUUCAGUAAUAUAUUGUUAUCAACAGUCCUGUUAAGAUAGUUUUGCAAUCAAAACUUCCAAUACAAUAUGCCAUUACAAACCGUAAGCAAACUGUAAUCUGCAAGCAAAUUGACAGUAAGAUACUGCAAAUGUGUUUGUUUCCAUUUUUCCAUGUAUGUGGCCAUCAUCAUGCUGUGGUUCCUGACUAGUGAGGUUUACACUCACCUGUAUUGUGUGAAUUGUUGACCUACAACACCUAAAUAUUUAUUAAUUAUUUAUUAUAUAAUGAUCAGUGUAGAUAGUAGAUAUGAUGAAGGGUGCUGGAGAGUUUUGAAUCAAUAGUUUGUUCCUCUGUGACUGUGUUUGUACAGCUGCUGCUCAUCUGAUUACUUAAUUUACAAUGAACAUGAACACAAAACCUUUUGCUGUUCCACUGUUGAAUUUCUGAAACAUUUGGAUGGAGGUGUAACUACUUCCAGCUUGGCUACAGCAGCUCUGUGAGCCCUGACUCUCCAUCUGGGAGAGACAUGAGCCCUACGGCCACGCUUCAUUUGCACCUGUUUUCUCCCUACACGCGGCGCCGUGUCAAAACACGACCCAGUACACGGCACUAAUCACUCUCUGGAGAAAUCAUCCACAUGUCCCAGAGUGUUUUGUUUUUUUCAAAUGAAAAUCAGAUGUGGCAAAUACAGAUGACGGAAGGUAAACAUCAGCCAGGUUGGACAGCCGUUAGCCUUGCUGUGCUGUGCUCCAAACACACAGCUGGGACUUGAGAGUGUUGGUGGUUUAGAUUUACAGCAUGUUCACAAACAACUUUCAUAUUUUUGAUGUGUAUUAUAUAAUUGAUGCGAAUUUUGUUGUAUUCUAGUAGAAGGUUAUCUUUGUAAUAGGUACCCUGGGCUAUCGCUAAUCAGUUUUAUAUAUCAGUGCUGUUGAAUUCUAGCUUCUGACUGGACAGGUGUUGAUUUUAAUUUUUAAAAUUAAUGAAACAGCAGCUCUGACAGUAGUUCUGGCUACAAAGGUUUAUAUUAACGCACUUGUUCUAAUACAUUAUCAUUUCUAUAGUAACAAUUUACACAGGGACUCGUAUGGCGAACUCUCCACAUAAAUGGUUAAAAAAAUGUCUAUAAUCAUUGAUAUGGUGAAGUUUUCUGUGAGAUGUUUAUUUGACAUUUUUGGAAGAAGGCUCCAGUGUCAGUACUUUGCAACAAGUUUCGCUGUAACAUGACAAGCUGCAUCUUUUUGUUUUUAUUAACUUUAAGACAGAGAAGAAAGAGAGGCUGGUGAGGAAAUGAUUGU